AUGGGACAACAAACCGGUUCGACUACAUCUCAUCGUGGCAAUUCAAUUUUUAGUAUCAAUGAAAGUAAUAGAAGAACAGAAAAUGACAAAUUGCGAGGUUGGAAAGCGGUACAAAAAGCGCUUCCACGUAUCAUACAUUAUGGUCAAAAUGAGGGUUUAUUACUUUUAAAUAGCAUGAAGCGAUUGCAGCAAAUGGGCUCUUCGUACAAUAUGUCAAAUAUUGUAAUACAAGCACAAGUUGCUGCAGAUAUUUGUGAUCAUCGUUUAACGGAUAAAGUACAAAUACCUUCUAAUGAUAUAACAAUUAUGCAUGAGGCUAUACCGUUUCUUCCUAUUCCGGUUGCACUGCUAUGCCUCUUCCUUAAUGUUAUCAUUCCUGGUUCAGGAACAAUUUUAAGCGGAAUCAGUGCAUUAUGUAUGGGACAACCAAGAAUAAAUUUCAAAGAAGGUCGUAAAUUAGUGACACUGUUUGUUAAUUUUUUGGUUGGUAUUAGUCAAUUCUUCACGAUAACUUUUCUUUUCGUUGGAUGGUUCUGGUCAGUUGCAUGGGGUGGCUUGAUCAUUAUACAUUCAAUACAAUAUCGCGAUGCAUUGGUGCAACGUCGGCAAGAAGCGGUAGCAACUGCAGCGAUCGAAGCAAUUACCAAAGACUCAAUACUACACAGGCGAGAUGUGAGGAAGCUUGUUGAAGCUCAUCAAACAAUUAGCGGAGAGAAAUAA